GCGGGAGGGGUUCGCCGUGGCGGCCGAGCAGGAGACUGCGCUGACCGAGGCGCGGCUCGUGUUCGCCUCGGAGGCGGUGCUGGACGUGGGGAGCGGCCGGCUGCGGCCGUUGCGGCCGCUGGCGGGAGGCGCAGACACGGCGGCGAUGCGCGAGCUGCUCGGGCUCACGAUGAGGGACGAG